AUGGUGCUUUCCCGGAAACGACCUGCUCAAAGUCUAAACACCAAACCAAAUAAUUCCUUUAUUCCUCCAUUUGCCCCAAAUCCUGCCAAAGUCCCCAAACCGUCGACCUCCUCGAAUCAACAUCCUGGCCGGCCUAAAAACGACUCCAUUUUGUCUCCUCCUUCAGCUGUAGAUAGUUUUGUUGCAGUGCUUGCUGACGCCGGUUGUACUUUGAUUAACCCUGCCGGACCAACUUGCCUUCCUAGUGACCUGCAUAAGUUCCGCCACCGUCUCCACCGCCGGUUCUCCGAUGAAGCAGCCCUUCGUUCCGAUUUUCUCCAUGGUCUUUCUGGAUACAUCAACACUUCAUCUGAUAAUCUGCGCCGAGUCUUAUUGCCUUCACAUUGCGAAAACACUGGAUCGGUUCGAAAUGAGAGCUUGAUUCGAGUACUGUUGCUGGUUGAAUCAAUCCAACUAGACGUUCAGAUUUUAUUGCUCGAGAAACUUCCUGAGUAUUUUGAGAUCAAUAAUGGUAAUGAUAUACUGGGACCAUCAUCUGUAAGCCUUGAUGAGGAUAUAGCCAGAUUGAUCCUGAACCAGUUCCGCUGGCUUGACUUUCUGGUGGAUUCUCAGUUAUUUACUGAGAAACUGUUUCAAAUUCUGUCAAUUUGCCCUCUUCGUUUGAAGAAAGAGAUUAUCGGGUCGUUACCAGAGGUUCUUGGUGACGAGAAUAACAAAGUUGUAGUUGAUUCACUUCAGCAGAUGCUCCAUGAAGAUUCCUCUAUAAUUGUUCCCGUGCUCGAUACUUUCUCGAACCUCAUCCUAGAUGAUUUGCUAAGAGAUGAGGUGAACACAGUAGCAUUAUCUUGCAUUAGAACUGUUGAGGUGGAGAACAUGCCUUACCUUCUUAGAUUUUUGCUGCUGUCUGCCACUCCCCAAAAUGCUCGCCAUAUAAUAGCUAAGGUCCGGGAACAAGUGAAAUUUCUGGGAACUUCUAAUAUAUCGAGAAAUCCAUACAACAAACACAAAGGGAAACUUGUAGCUGAUGAUGUGGAGGCUUCAAUUCUUGAUGCUCUGAAAUCAAGCCUACGAUUUAAAAGUACACUUUGCCAGGAGAUUCUGAAAGAAUUGAAAAGUGUUGAGAGAGUUCAGGACCACAAGGUGAUAGAUGUAUGGUUGUUGAUUCUUGUUUAUAUGAAUUCAGAGUCAAUGCAGAAGAUUGUUCAGAAUUUGCUUAAGAAAAAGAUCGUGGAAGGUGGUCUUGAAGAACGUCUAUUCGAUCAGUGCAUACAAGGAAAUAAAGAGUUGGCUCAGGAUUACCUCCCGAUCUUCCUGUCUAUUUCCGAGUAUUUGUUGGCAUGCAAAGAAAAGAGAGCAAGGGAAUUCGGCAAUCACUUGUACAAAUGUCUUUUCGAAGAGUUUCACAAUACUUAUUUGAGACAGGAGGUUUUGGGAGCACUAGUGACUCAUGUGGGCUCUGGCAUCGGUUAUGAAGCAAAUGCUGCUUUGGAGGUUAUGGUUCUGCUGGCCUCUAAUUAUCCACAAGAGUUAAUUAAACUUUCUUCUCAUUUAAUUGGUAUCUUGGAUUACUUGGAGAGCUUCAACAUUGAAGGAUUGCACAAGGUCUACGAAAUUUUCAGCAUUCUCGCUCUUUUCACUAAAUCAAGCACUGACCAGUGUGGAUCUUCAAUAAAAAAUGAACUUCUAAUGAUCAUAAGAAAGCAGGUUAACAAUCCUGAUCUUGCUUACAAGCGGAUGGGCCUUAUUGGAACGCUGAAGAUUGUUUUCCAUCUUGGGGAUGUAAAAAACAAUUCCAGUCCUUCACCAUCUCUGAAGUCAAAUUAUGAAGAAGCUCUUGAACUCCUGGAAACAUCCUUCGAAUCAUGCAAGCACUUGCCAUUACCUUUGAUCUUGUUUUAUGAAGAACUGGCUGAUACUGUGCAAACGAAGAUGCUCCAUCCAGCAAUUGCAGAAUGGAUAGGUAAGCAUGUCGGAGAGUUUGAAUCAAAAUAUUUACUGGAUCUGAGUGGUGGUGCAUUACUAUCCAAAGACUCUUAUUGUGGUUUGGAAGGAGAGCUAUGGAUGAAUCUCGAUGGAGAUAUAUCUCCUGUAUGUCUAAAUAUUUUACCUCUUGUUUCCUCUUCACUACUGUCACCUUCUCCGUUAGAAGUCCUUCCAGCCUACUUUGUGUUGCUUUCUGCAAUUGAGAGGCUGGCAAAUCAAGGAUCUCUUGGCGGUAUUGAUGCCCUUUUAGGAUGCCCUUUACAUCUUCCAUCUUCUAAGUACUUCUCUUACUCCAUAUGGCGAUCUUUGAGUGGGAAGCAAAAGCAAAUUCUUGUCCUCUCUCUUUAUUAUGCCGUGAACUGGAUACGGGAACUGCUCAAUGCAUUUUGCUUGCAAAUUGCUGAAGACUUUGACUCCAUUAGUCAGGCGACAAAAGGGGAGAUAACUCAUAAACUGUUGAGACGCUUACGGAACCUUGUAUUCCUAGAGAGUUUACUAAACGAGUCUCUUAAACGGUGCCCCCAAUCUUUACCGGAGCUUUACCCUUGUAUACAUCCGGAAACUUCAAACCGGUUUCAUUCAGUUGAGGAUUUGGGAAAGAAGAGCGAGCUUAGUCAAGAAAAGAGAAAUGCCUCCCAGAACUGCAAGAGAAACAGCAAAAAAACCACAAAAGCAUCAGAUAAUUCAGCUAUGGAUGGAAAAUUCAGGCAGCCUAGAAUCACAGAGAUGCUGAAAAAAGUGGGUCCAGUUACUAGCCAAGUAUCUUUGAAUGAGGAGUCCACCAGUGUAGCGGCCAGUACAUGUGAAGAUGCAGAGCAGGAUGCAACUGAAAGUGAUGCGGCUCCGAAUGUUGAAAUUUCUGGGGAUAUGAAGAUGGUUGAAGCUCAGAAACGCAAAUUCAGGCCUCUUCAAGAUUGUUGCUUCACCAUCCUAUCAUUUGAGAAGAACCCCGACCCUUGCUGCAGUGAUCCAGCUGCUGAGUUACCUCUUCACCUGUAUCUCUUACAAGACCUGAAUCAAAAGCUGGAUUACUUUGUUUCUUCAAGCAAAGGAAUGUCUCUGCAAUGCAUGAGCACGCAGCUUGAUUCCACUGAGAUGAAAGAAGCUAAAUUCUUAAACAACAUUCGCCCUCUUUUUCCUUCUCUUAGAGGAUGUCUGGAUUGUGCCUUUAAUGGUCUUAAAGAAGGGGCUGAAAUUUGUCAAGAUCAUUGGAACCAUCAAUCCGUGUUAUCUGGAAAUCCGAACAUUGCUAACAUGACUGUUACGAAAUCGGCGGUUUAUUGCUCUGUCUUUGUAGAGAUACUGUCCUGCUUUGGCAAGAUGCUGAAUUGUUGGGAUAUUCUGAAAGACCAUUCUGCUCUUUCAUUCCUUCUUGAAGCUCUCCAGCCUGUCAAUAUUCCUGAUUCUUUCCUCGAAUGCCUGGAAUCACUUCCAGCAACAGGAAGUAUAGAUUACUUUUUCUGUGGGGCAUAUUGUUUUCUGGAAGGUGUCUUUGACACGGCAAGGACCCUCUCAUUCAAGCUGGCUUCGGAAGGCCUUUUGGUCUUAAACUCAGUAGUUCUUUCCAUCCAAAAAUUUGUAGAUAUAUCCACAAAAGGGAUCAAAGGAAAUGACACAGGAUAUACCAGGAAACUCCUCCAUUUUCUGAGCAACAGACUGGGAGCUUCUUCUCAUAAUUUGUUGUUCCAGAAAUGUGAUGAUGUUAUUGAUAAGAACUCAAAAGCUAAAGGACAUAUACUUCAGAAGAUACUCCACAUAUAUUUGGCAUAUAGCAAGUCAACUUCUGAUUCUCUGAAUGAGCUUGCAUGCUCAAUAUUGCCACAGGUGAAUUCACGAAGAACAGUGGAAGAAGACGAUAUCUGUACUUUACCUACAUUUUGCCCAGCAACAUUUGCUGCUUGGUACAGGGUGAUGCACGCGGAAAAUGUAGCUGUACUUAAUAAUCUGAUGAAGGAAAUUGCACGGUUAGAGAAACCUCAAGCUGUUGCUUCAAAGGAAAAUGUGGAUGAACUCUUGAACAAGCUAGAACAGUCGGUAAAUGUGGUUGUAUCAUUAGUUAAUAGCUGCAGGACCCACGAAAAGGUAGCUGUGCAUGGAAUGGCUGUUAAGUAUGGAGGGAAAUUCAUCGACACUUUUCUAAAAGUUUUUGGUUUCCUACAGAAUCAUUUCCAAACGCACAAUAAGCAGAUAAUUCAUGUGGUUAAGGAACUUCAAAAAGCAACAAGAACCAUGCAGAGCCUCUGUUCUGAAGCAAAGGCAUCAAAACAGACAGUUAUCACCAGUAAAAUUCCUGCAACGAAGAGAUCAAUGGAACGCUUCUUGUUUCAUGUCAAGGCACUUCUUCAUUCCACUGGUGAAUGUACCUUUUGGAUGGGAAAUCUGAAGCAUAAAGACUUGACAGGACAUGUAGUGAGCUCGCAAGCUUACAUGGAUGAUCAAAAUGAAAACAUCGAUGAAGACGCAACAGUUAGUGAUGAUCAGAAUGAAAACCCUAAUGGAGAGGCAGGUAAAACUUCCAGUGACAAUGAACAAAUGGACCUUUCUCACUGA